AUCAUUUGAUUUCACGAUUGAAUAUAGAGCAAUAGUGUAAUUAUUUAUUAUCAAAUCUGUUAUAAUUAGAAAAUGAAAUGUUAGUAAGAAUUCAAUUUAUACUCAUAUAUGAUAUAUUCAUUUUAUUCUAUUUAUGUGAUGGAAAAUAUGUAACAAGCACGAUCGAAUAUGUUGGUACUGUGCGGAAUUUAAGCGUGGAAGUUUUAAAAGAUCCAAAAUAUAUAGAAAAACAAGAUGCAUAUAAAUUUUUAAAAUUGAAUAUAUCUUGGUUACCACCAAAUACUUUUAAGCAACCUUCUUUUUAUAGUAUUAUAAUCACAGGCAUACCAUCAAUAGAAGAAAAAACAAAUAUCAUAAAAUGUUCAGAAGGAUCACUUUUUUAUAUAUUGAAACAAAAACAAGACAAAAAAUUUAAUGUAAUAUUACCUGAAUACAGUAAUUUAGAUGAUAUACCAGAUCUAUAUAUAAAACCUGAUUGUUCUUACAAAGUGCAAGUUCUUGCUAAUCCAAGAACAAAAUACAUAAUAAAUAUUCCUGAAAUUUUAUAUACAGUUCCUAAAUGCAUAAAUAAUUCAUGUAAUUGUAUCAAUGCUAAAAGAACACUACCAAUUCCAAAAGUAAAUAUAUCUCAAAGAGGAAAUCAAAUGGUUAUAAAUUGGAAUACAACUUUUAAUACAUCCAAUAUUCAAUUUUAUAUAAUCAAGAUAGGUAUACCUCUUUUUAUAUCAAGGACAGGGCUACCUGUUUAUAAUGUAACAAAAAUAGGGCAGGUACCUGUAAAUAAAACUAUGUUUUUAUAUGACUUAAAAAUUAACAAUCAAGAUAUACAAGUUAAAAAUGGUUAUAAAAUAAUAGUUAGUGCUGUCAAUUAUUAUGGAUGCUUUGGACCAGAAGGAACUUUUAUUAUACAUUUUAUAUCAUCAAAUACUAAAAUUUGGUUUAUAUUGAUUGGAGUAAUAAUUAGUUGUAUUCUAAUUGGAAUUUUAUAUUUUAUAUUAUAUAAUUAUAAUUUUUUUAUGAAACAAAAAGUAUGUACACUUUCAAAAUGCAAAUGGACAGAAACAAUACUUCAACAGCAUAACAUUUUGUAUAUCAAACAUGAAUCAAAAGAGAGAGAUAUAGAACAGACAAAUGAGUUAAAAGAGCCAUUUGAAAGUGUAAAAUUAAUACGUAAAUUGGGUAUUGGGCAAUUUGGAAAAGUAUAUCUUGGUCAUUUAAAUGAUAAAAAUAAUAGUUUAGUUGCAGUAAAAAUGUCUCAACAAAUGGAUUUAUCUAUUGACUCUGAAACACGUCAACAAUUUAUUCAAGAAAUUGAAAUGAUGAUAAUGGCUGGAAAUCAUCCUCAUUUAGUAAGCCUGAUAGGUUAUUGCAUUAAACCUAAUAAUCCUAUAUGCAUCUUGCUUGAAUAUAUGGAAGGUGGAGAUUUAUUAAGUUACUUACAUAAUCAAAGGAAUCAACAAAAUAAAAAAAUCAUUUCUCAUGAUCAAAAUAUUUUACAAGAUUUAUGUGAAGCUUAUGUUUCAAAAACUUUAUAUACUAAUAUAUGUUCUGCUAUAUUAAACAAAACAAAUAAUUAUAAAUCUAAACAAUAUAUAAAUAUUACUAACAAUUAUAAAGAAAAAGCAAAAGAUGAAAAUGAAAGUUGGAUUGGUAAAAUGGAAGGACAUCAAUUUUUAAAAUUUGCUAAGGAAAUUGCUAUGGGUAUGGAACAUUUAGAAGCUAAAGGAAUUACUCAUCGAGAUCUUGCAGCAAGAAAUAUUCUUCUUACUGAAGAUUUAACUGUGAAGAUUUCUGAUUUUGGGCUUUCAAGAAAUGGUGUAUAUGUAAUAAAAAAUACAAAAGAAAAAACACAUCAUCUUCCAAUAAGAUGGAUGUCUCCUGAAGCUUUAUACAAUAGAGCCUUUUCUUCAAAAAGUGAUGUAUGGUCUUUUGGAAUAGUACUUUGGGAAAUUAGUACAUUAGGUGGUUUUCCUUAUUCUAACAUACAAGAUGAUCAUUUAUUACAUUAUAUUGUUCAUAAAAAUGGUCGUUUAGAACAACCAGAUAAUGUUCCUUCAAGUAUUUAUAAGUUAAUGCAUUCUUGUUGGACUACAGAACCUCAGAACAGACCAAAUUUUACACAACUGCUUUCUACAUUACAAAUUUUAAUUGCAUCUUUAGAUAGUACUUUUUUGACAAUAUCUAAUCCUUGUUAUGCAUUAUCACUUUCGGAUAACACUUUUAUCCAAAAUAACUUCGAUUGCAUUUAUUCGUUAAAAAACAUUUAAAAAAAAGAGAUAUUUU